ACACCCAAGUUUUUCAAUAUACACACAUAAUACAGCUAACAAUAUAAAUAAAAUAUAAAUAGAAUCAUUAUUCCAUGUGACAAGUAAGAGUGAUGUUGUGAAGUACUAUUGUUAUUUAUCUUGACAACUGUCACAUGUCCUGAUUUAAUUAUCUAGACUAUACAAAAAAAAAAAAAAAAGAACAAGUGGAAAAAAAAAUCCAUUGGCACAGUGCCAUAUAUCAGCUGUUUAAACAAAGAUCAAAUAUAAAAUUUAUCCUAAAAAUAUAUAUCAUCAACAACAGUGCGAUGCAGUGCGAUGAAAUUUCGACAUAAAAAUGUUUUAUAAUUAUUAACUAAAUGUCAUAUUAAAUAAUAAUAAUAACAACAAUUAUGAUUAUAAAAUGAAAAAAAAAAAACAAGUCUUUAACGCAGAAGUCUAAAAAUUAUAACGAUCUAUGUGCGCGUGCUCGAAAAUAGUCCUUCAUGAUGAUGAUGGAGAGUGAGCUUUUCGUAAUAUGCGCUCCCCUUGUACUAGUAGAUCAGUAGUGGUAACUGUGACCUCCGCAGUUGGAUCGUUGAUGGUGAAUGAAUAAUAUUCAUUAAAAGGAAACAUUAAAAUUUUGCCUCUCAUGGAUGCAAAUAUAAUAAAAUAUUAUAAUAAAUUUGUGAUGUUUAUUUGUGUAGUGAUAACAAAAAAUCAAUUAAUUGGAAAUGUGGAUCAAACACACUGAUUUUAUUAAACAGAAGUGUUAUUGGCAUCGAUAUGUACGCGUUCGGUUUCGAGGUAACAUAGUAAUGUAAUGUUGUCAAACGGCGCGCCCUGCUCAAUUUCACGGUGAAAAUCUGGCGUAAACGGCGCGACGGUGGAACGGGGAACAUGGCGUCAGCCUCAGCCGAGACAUUGUUCGAUCAUGGACACAGCUUUAGACAGAAAACUUUUCAUAAACCUACAUACUGUCAAAACUGUACUGAUCUACUUUGGGGAAUCAUUGGGCAGGGCUAUAUUUGCGAAGUUUGCAACUUCGUGGUGCAUGAACGUUGUCUUCGGGCCGUCGUGUCUCCCUGCUCCAGCAUUGCGGCUAAUUUAAUUAAGAAUCCAGUUGCACACUGUUGGUCUGAUCCAGUACAUCAUAGAAAAAAGUUUUGCAAUGUUUGUCGAAAGCGGCUCGAAGACACCUCACCAUCUGUUCAUUGUGCAAUUUGCGAAUAUUUUGCACACACUGAUUGCCAAGAUUUUACUUUGGCGGAUUGUAAAGAAAAUGCCACGUAUUUACCUGGAAAAGAUUUGACAUCGGUAAAGCAUAUGCAUCAUUGGCGUGAAGGAAAUUUACCGACAAAUUCAAAAUGCGCGGCUUGCAGAAAAAAUUGUUUUUCGGUUGAAUGUUUAGCUGGUUUUCGCUGCGAAUGGUGUGGAAUGACGUGUCAUGCUUCGUGUCAUAAGAAUGUUCGUCGAGAAUGUACAUUUGGGAAUUUACAGUCAAUUUAUUUGCCUCCAUAUGCAGUUAGCAUUCCCCGUACUGAAGUUCCUAUGGAAGCUAUUAUUGGUGUACAAGCUCGACGAAAAGAAGUACUUACUCCCCGAAGCAUAUCAGAAGAAUUCAGCAGUGGUGAUAAUCGAAAUCGUGAUAGUGAUGAUUUAUUGCAAGCUAGCACAAGUGCACACAGUAAAGAUAAUAAAUCUGCCAAAGAAAAAGAUGAAAAAGAAAGAGGAGAAGAAGAAAUUAUCAAGGUCUGCGAUGGUGAUACAUCAUUAAGGCGAAAAAUAUUUCGAACUAUUGCGGUAUCAAGAAAUGCAGCUACUGAACAAGUUCUGCUAUCAGCACUUCGUGUUUUUCAUGUUACAAAACAACAUCCAAGUUUAUUUUAUAUCACGGAUAUGUAUAGUCCAGAUGGUUUACCAUUAAGUGGACCAAAUUUAUUACAAAAUCUUAUUCGAAAAGAAGGCAAACGUAGAGGAGUAUUUUUACGAUACAAAGAUAGAUUGUCUGGUGAAGUUCGUGUCUAUCCAGGUAAACUUCAGACAACUGAAAAUUAUUGUACAGUUACAGUAACUGAUUCAUCAACUGUCAAAGAACUUGUAAAAGAAGCUCUUGUUCAAUUUGGUCUUAAAGAUUUUGAUCCAGAUGAUUAUCAAUGCAGUGAAAUUCUUUUAGAUCGUGGGGUAUCUGAAAGAGUUUUAGACAGCAAUGAAAAUCCCUGGGACAUUGUCAAACAAUCGGGAAAUGAUUCAAUAAGACGAAUGGAACUUAUGAGAUUUUAUCUUCAAUUAAAACGAGAUCCUCAUGGACCUAAUCUUGCUUUAUUUGUUGGUAAUUUACCACCAAAUUUAAAUGAAAAAAUAUACGAAAAUAUACUUACUGAAUUUUUAAGUCAAGAAAAUAAAUUUUCAUCAAUUGGACCUAUUUAUUAUGAAUAUGGGUCAAUGGUUAUAAUAUAUGAAGAUGCGCACAAAGCAGUACGAGCAUUAUAUUUGCUUCGUGAAUCAAAAUAUGAAGAUAAGCAUUUGUUAGUUAUGCUACUUCCUACAAUUGAACCAAGUAUGGUACCUGCUGGUGUUCAGCCACUUCUUGUAUUUGUCAAUGCUAAAUCUGGUGGAUGUCAAGGACUUGAAUUAAUUUCAAGUUUUAGAAAAUUAUUAAAUCCUUAUCAAGUUUUUGAUUUAGAUAAUGGUGGUCCAUUACCAGGAUUAUAUGUAUUUCGACACAUCAAAAAUUAUAAAAUAUUAGUUUGUGGCGGUGAUGGAACAAUUGGAUGGGUACUCCAGUGUUUAGAUAAUGUUGGUCAAGACAGUGAAUGUUCAUCUCCUGCAGUUGCUAUUGUUCCUCUUGGCACAGGUAAUGAUUUAGCACGUGUAUUAUGUUGGGGACCUGGUUAUACUGGUGGUGAGGAUCCGUUAAAUCUUCUUCGUGAUGUAAUUGAUGCAGAAGAAAUUAGACUUGAUCGAUGGACAGUCGUCUUUCAUCCUCAAGAACAAGAUGAAAAUUCAGGUGCAGGAUCAAGUGAAGAUAAUUCACAAAUAUUAGUAAUGAAUAAUUACUUUGGUCUUGGUAUCGAUGCUGAUUUAUGUUUAGAUUUUCAUAAUGCUCGAGAAGAAAAUCCAAAUAAAUUCAACAGUCGAUUGCAUAAUAAAUCUGUUUAUGUUAAAAUGGGUUUAAAAAAAAUGGUCGGUAGAACAUGUCGUGAUUUACAAAGAAAAAUUAGACUUGAAGUUGAUGGUAAAGUUGUGGAUUUACCACAAUUAGAAGGAAUAAUAAUACUAAAUAUUUUAAGCUGGGGAUCUGGAGCAAAACCAUGGGGAGAUGAUAGAGAAGAACAAUUUCAUAAACCAAAUCAUUACGAUGGAAUGCUUGAAGUAGUUGGUGUUACAGGUGUUGCACACUUGGGACAAAUUCAGUCUGGACUUCGAACAGCAAUGAGAAUAGCUCAGGGAGGACAUAUAAAAAUUCAUUUGAAUGCUGAUACACCAGUACAAGUUGAUGGUGAGCCAUGGGUACAAUGUCCCGGUGAAGUUGUUAUUCUUAAAUCAGCACUAAAGGCAACAAUGCUGAAAAAAACUAAAGUCAAAAUGAAGCGACGAAACACAGAGCCAAGUAUGCAACUGCCAGUAACAGCAAAACCAUCAGAUGAUCUCGAACCAGAAGUCUUCUAGAUAAAUAAAAAUAAUUGCCAAUGUAACACUCUCUUGGAAAUAAGGCUCGAUAGAAAAAAAAAAAUUGUAAAGUUUUAUUAUAGUCGUAUGUUUGCGCAAAAUGUCAAAUUUAAUUAACUCGAUAUUAAAUUAUAAGAUUAUAAAUAAACAAGAUCCUACUGGAUCAUUUGAUGAAACAGAAUUUUUAUCAUAUAUAAAUGAAAAUUAAUAAUAAGAUAAAUAAAUAAAUAAAUAAAUAAAUAAACCAUUCUGGUUUAUAUAAAAGGAUAAAUAAUAUCCUUUUUGUUUUAAAAAAUAUUCAAAGUUUUUUCUUAACGUGUCGAUAGAUAGUUUAACUGAUCCCUCAAAUAUUACUUUUUACCAAGCACACGGUAUAAAAUAUUUCAAAUAAAAAAAGGAUAUACUAACAAUAGCCGUGAAAUAAUUUCAUCUUUUGUCAGGUUCGACUGAUUACCAAAGAAAUAUUUAACAAAAAUUAGAGGCACAACAAAAAACAGCAUUAAAUGGUCAUGAAAAGUACGACAUAUAGAUAUCUCGUGAGUCAUUUGACUCGUUUGUGUUCCGGGAGUACAUAUUGGCUUUUUUUUUUUUAUCAAAAGUAUCAAAAUAAAUACAACGUUGUGCGCAUAUCUAACAUAUAUCUAAAAUUAAAAUUGUUUGCUUCCUGGAUAUGCGCACAAAUUGAUAAAAAAAAAUGAGCUUCUCACGUGUACUUUUGGAAGUAAGCAAAGUCGAUUAAGUCUUGAGUAAUGAAAGUAUUUCUGUAAUAUGGUUAAUUGUAGUUGAAAAAAAAAAAAAAGCAGUAUCGUAAUUGAAAAUUAAAUUACGACAUUGAACGUUAAUUCUGUGUUGUCAUGUAUGAAUUAUUUUGAAUUUAUUUUGAUUAAUCAAAUUAAUUAAUUUAUGUUUUUUAAAAAAAAAAAUUGUUAAGCCAGUAUAACGAUAUGUUUACGAAGUUUAUAUAAAAUUCUAUAUAUAUUGCUUGGAGACUUGUGUCUUCCCUCAUCCAAAUAUAACUCACAAAUAGCCUCAUGUAAACAUUGAAGAAAUAUUUCCACGCAUGUUGAGCAUGACGUGAUAGUAACUGAACAAUAACAGCACUGAUUAGUAACUUGAUUUUUGUUUUUUAUUGUUAAAAAUAUUAUUAAAAUCAUAAGUAGAAUUUGAAAUAUGAUAAACGUAUUUUGGCAUUGUUAUUCCAUAAGCUAAGAAUAUUGAGGUGCCAAAAUAGUGUUAGAUUGGCAAAUAAUUACCAGAAGAAUAAUGCAUACGAGUCAUUUUGAAAAACGUGUUGAAUAUUGAAUAAUCACAAUUUUUUUUUUCCCUUCACGAAAAAGUGUAACGUGAUCUAGUCCGUAUAUAUAUAAUUAGCUGUAUUAAUUUAAAUAGUAUUUAUGUAUUUAAAAAAAGGAAAAACAAAUCUUUACUUGCCAAGUUUAAGUUAAAAAAAAUAAUUCAGUUUUCAAUGUUAAAAUUAUCUUUGGAGUGUAGUUUUCAAAAUAUCGAAAACUAUAUAUUUCUACAAAUUGUUAAAGUUACGAUGUUGAAAAAAAAAAAUAAUAUUUCUACAUUAAAGAAUGCCAGAAUAGAUAUAUUUUAUAUGAUUAUUUGAGUAAAAUUGUAUGUUGUCAUUGUUGAUUAUAGAUAUCAUAACAGUGUUGAGAUAAAAUUCUCAAUUAUACAUUAUUAAUGCAUGUAUAUACAUCUAAUAAUAUUAAAAGUUUUUAGCCAAUUAUUAUAUGAGUAAAAAAAGUGUGUGAAAGUGAAUAAUUUUCAAAGAUGAAGCAUAAAAUAUUAAAAAAUUUAUCGUCAACAAUUAUAGAGUGGACGAAUAUAGAAUAAAUUAAUAUUUAUCCCAGGUAGAUAUUUAAAGUUGACUAACAAAGUUAUUUUGUUUUUGUGUUUGUCGUUUAUUUAUUGACUCGGGUUGACGUCGAUGGUUAACGUCAAAGCGACGUUGUGUAAUAAUUAAUUGUUAACACGUCAUAAUGAAUUGAACAUCAAAAUUAUUUAAAAAUAUAUAUUAUAAGUCUGAUAGUAUAAUUCGCUUCCCAUUUAUUAAAAUUUAAUAAUGUUAUUUUUAAUAAUGGGAUUCGUUGUGUUGUGAUAUUUAUUUUUUCUUAUCGAAAUUAUUCAACUCAAAGCUGAGUAAGAAUUUCGAUGAUGAUAAUAGAAACUUGUCAAGAGUAAAAAAAAAAAAUUAUAUUUUUGUUUUAUCAGAGAUUGAAAAUACCUAAAUUAAACUUGAAAAUAAAACAGUUAUUUUAGGUGGUGUGGAGGCUCGGUUUAAUAUUAAUUUGUAUUUUUAAAUUAAGUUGGUGAAAGAAAUCGAUACGAAUUUCCAGUUUGAAAGUUUACAGUGGAAUCAGCAAUUGUUUAUUAUGAGGAAGCUUCCCUAUUUCCAAAUUUUCUUCCAAAUGAACUCUAAAUAAUGAGAGCUCUGAUGCCACUGUAAUUUACGAUCUGGUUAUUGUUAAAAAU